AUGUACGGCUCCUACGGGUCGUCGUAUAGCUCCAUGAGCACCAUGUCAGCGCCCCUGGAUAUCCCAUUCAACUCCAUCCGAAGCCGUGAUUCCUCAUGCGCCUUUCCAUCCUGGCCGAGGCGAUCGUCAUUGUCAGACUCGGAGCACGAGGAACCACGAGCCACGUCUUAUCUCUCCGACGAUGACCUCUUUCUUUCCGACUCUUGCGACGACGACAACCGAAGUGUCUCCUCUUACAGUAGCUCUUCUUCACCAGCCACAGUCGCUUUGAAUCCAGGGCCUCAUGUGUCGGAAGAAGAGUUUCUGAGGAUGGAGUACGAGCGGGUCGCCGUUCAAAAAGAGUAUCUCCGACAGGUCAAGCUGGAAAAGGAGCGCCGUCGCCAGGCCGCUCUCCGAGCCCGGAAAAGCAACCCGAAAAGGAGUCCCAAGUCAAAGCAGACUUCCCUGACCACAAUCACCGAGUCGAGCGAAUGA